AGAACUUCCCCGGUAUUUUGACUUACCGAUGUUAACGUCGUUUCUUGUGAAAGAAGUGCCUCAUGAUUUUGCUUACCACGUUCGUUUCAUUCCUCAUGACUUUGAGACAUCAUGGCCCACUCCUCUAAAUCAGAUUAUCAAGCCACUCCAGAGGAAGAACUGGCAGCGAUUCAACAUGAGCUCGAUCAAGUUGAUUCAAGACUUGAAGAACUUAAAGUGCGGAGAAGUUAUUUAAUACAACGUAAAGAAGCUGCCAAAGAUCGUAUUCAAGCUCAGAAAAGUGCCCAUUUGUCAUCGAGAGAUUGGGAUGGAAAUAAUUUUCCAUGGUCUAAUGAAUUGGAGAGCAACUUGAAAGAGGUUUUUAAAAUUGAAGAUUUUCGACCUUUCCAACGUCCUACUAUGAACGCAAUCCUUUCAAAAGAAGACACCAUACUUCUGAUGCCCACUGGGGGUGGAAAGAGUUUGUGCUUUCAGCUUCCAGCACUCCUUGUCAAUGGAUUCAUCCUUGUUAUUUGUCCUUUGGUGGCAUUGAUGGAAGAUCAAAUAAUGGCUCUGAGAAGAAAAGGUAUUUCUGCCUUCAUGCUCAGUCAAAACACACCCAAAGAUGAGUCUAAAUUAGCUAUGAUGUCAAUUACAGAUAAAAAGUCACCUAUGAAGUUGUUGUAUGUCACUCCUGAACGAAUGGCAAAGGGUAAAACAUUCAUGAACAAACUCCAAAAAGCUUAUGAAAUGGAGCGCAUUGCUUGCUUUGCUAUAGAUGAAGUUCAUUGUUGUUCCGAGUGGGGUCAUGACUUCAGACCAGAUUAUCUGCAACUUCAUGUUCUAAAGACCAUGUUUCAAGGUGUGCCCAUACUUGGGCUUACUGCUACAGCUACAACUAAAAUAUUAAUGGAUGUGCAAAAACUGCUUCAAAUUCAAGGCUGUUUAGUCCUAAAAUCCUCAUUUAACCGGCCAAAUCUGUACUAUGAGGUACGGCCAAAGCCUGCAUCCCAAGAAGAGUAUCUUCAGGAGCUUGUUGAUCUACUGACCCAUAAAUACGCAGGAAAUUCUGGAAUUAUUUACACAACCACUAUAAAGGAUACAGAAGAUACUUGCAACAAACUGAGGAGCAAAGGAAUAAAAGCAGUCUAUUACAACGCUGUAAUGGAUCCAGUCAUGCGCAGUAGAGCUCACACUGGAUGGCUGGAAGGAAAGUAUCAGGUUGUCGUUGCAACUAUCGCCUUUGGUUUAGGAAUCGAUAAACCUAAUGUUAGAUUUGUCAUUCACCAAUCACUUUCAAAAUCCAUGGAAAGCUUCUACCAGGAAAGUGGUCGUGCAGGACGAGAUGGGCUUCCAGCUGAUUGUAUUCUGUUCUAUCGUUUGCCAGAUGUUUUCAAAGUUACAAGUACAGUUUUUACCACACGAACUGGGGUAGAAAAUGUCUAUGGAAUGGUUGAUUACUGCACAAAUGUUAGCAGAUGUCGGCGUUCUAUAAUUGCCAGUCAUUUCUCUGAAGUUUGGAAAAGUAAUGAGUGCAAAGGAAUGUGUGAUAACUGUAAAUUUCCUUACCAAGUGACCAAUUAUGAUGUGAAGAAGCAUUGUCUAUCUUUGUACAACAUAAUCGAACAUGCUGAGGAGAAAGAUACAAAACUUACAAAUCAAAAGUUGCAAGAAGCUUGGUUUCAUAAAGGUGCCUCUGCAUUGAGAGUGCCAAAUACUAAACCUCCAGCUUUAUCAGCCACCAAGGCAGAAUCUAUUAUAGCGUUUCUCCUUAUAAACAGUUACUUAAGAGAAGACUUCCAUUACACACUUUACUCUACAAUAUCCUACAUCAAGAAAGGACCUCGGUCAGCGGAAGCUAAGAGUCAUAGUAGUGAGAUCUUAAUGGAAGUGAGAGGGGCAAGGCUCCAGGAAGGCCAACUGGAGAAAACUCAUGAAGCAAAGGAAACCUCAUGCUCCCCAACAUCCAGACCAGCAUCCAGCAAAAACGACCAAGCAGGAGGUAAAAAAGUGUUAUCUACGAAGAGAAGUCUGAAGAAAUCAGAUACUCCAGCAGCAGUUAUUGAAUUAAGUGACAGCAGUGAUGAUGCAAACCCCUCUUCAAAGAGGAAAAAGCCUUCCAAGUACAUAGACAGUGAUAGUGACUAAAAUAAGUGAGUUGACAUACAUAUUUAUGUCUAUCCUGUGAUACAAUUUUUUUUUUUUUUUUGAACCAUGACAUUCUAUACAUUUUGUUCUUGUUGUGUACUUGACUUUCCUAAAAUAACUCCAACAAAGGAUGUGGAGAAGAAAACUCAUCAUUUUGAAAUAAAUAAUUUACUAAAACACCUAUAAUUACAUCAAUCAUAAAUAGUGAAAUAAUAAAAUAAAUAAGAUAAUAAGGAAGAA